UAUCGUGAAUCACUUCAACGGUGCUGGUUUCGUGUUUUCCAUGUCGGCUGUGGCAGACAGCGUUGUAGCAGUGUGUGACGCAGUGCGGAAUAUAGUGUUGGCGUAGGAAUAGAAGAAGUGGUGGUAGUAAUCCGUUUUAGCCGAAAAGUGAGAUCAUUCCUCCUUUGUGGUUUAUAAGGGUUGUGAAGGAGUGCAGUGGCAGUACCAUUAUCGGGAUUUCUCUGGAGAAGAAAAAGUUGGUCAUCGUCGGUGGCCAGACAGCAGGCGCCUCGGUUCAAUCGAUUGAAUUCCUUACUAAAAGUCACACAGUCAAAUCACCCUCAGAAAGUACUGCUAGAUAUAACUGCAAUGUUUGGCGGAUUUGCGGCCUCCCUGAAGAGCCUCGGCAGCAAGGCUGAGGGGCUCUUCGACAGAAAGAAAAAGGAAGCCCAGGAUAUGGCAAAUGAAAAGGUACAGACAGCCCAAAGUAUGGCCGAAGAACAGGCCAAAAAGACGCAAGAUGCGUUUAACAAGACCAAAACGGACGCGGAGAAUCUGGCAAGUUCGGCCGCUAGCGAGGUUGAAGCGACCAAACAGCAAGCCUCGUCUGCUGCCGAGGGAACCGCUCAGGCUACCGCGACGCUAAUGGACCAUGCCAAGCAAGCUGCCGAGAAUGCCGCUCAGCAAAGCGCCCAAGUGGUCGAGAAGGCCAUCGAGGACCAGAUGAAGGUAGCCGAGGAGAAGGUUGAUGAAGGCAUAAAAAUUGUCAGCCAGGAAGUGGACAAGAAGCUGCAAGAUGCUAACAAGUAUGCUGAUGAAAAGCGGGGAGAAAUUGUUCAGACUGUCAACGACACCGCUGCUAAGGCACAAGAUACGGCCAGUACCACGGCUGCAGGAUUACUGGGUAAAUUGAACCUUGGAAAAUAAACCGACUCAUACACGAAAAUACCCGAAAAUACACGAAAUGCGAUAACUGUUUACUGACUCUCCCAGGAUAUGAUAUUACUAAUGUGUAACAAACGCCUAAAAAAUAGGUGAUCAGCAAAUUCGUCCAAGAUUUUUAAUCGACGUUCGACAAACAAAAUUGUUCUCUGAUGAUCCACUUUAAGCUCAUCUAACUUUAGUUGGUUGAGCAAGUAGAUUGUUUUAGAGCUGUAUUGUUUGCUCAGAAAACUUCGUUACCAACAUUUAACAAAACAUAGUGCAGUUUCAAAAUGAUAGCCAUUGUUAAUUCUCACAAAUCAACAUUAUGCAAUGCGCACACCAACAAAUACACAUGUUGAGCCCAUCAUAAACCACAUAGAAUGAAAUGGCGUCCUUUUCGAACCCCUUGACUUUGAAUCUACGUGGUUUAUGAAAGACCCAUAUUUUACCGCUUAUGAGCGAAAAAUCUACGCUAAAUGGCCUUAAAAUGCGAAUCUCAAGCAAACGUGGUGCAGAAGAUAGAUACAAACAAUAUGAUAUAGAACAACGUAUAUUUUACUUCGAAACGCUAAAUUUAUCUCGCCAAUGUUUUGAAUACAAGUUGUCUAUAAACACACGUAGUGUGAUUUUCAAUCUUUUGAAAUGUUUGAUAUAAACAAUUAUAUAUAUAUAUAUAUUAUAUCUAGUAUGUAAACCAAAAUGAAUGAUAUAUUAGAGCUAUCUUUUGUCUUACAUUAUUUCAAUAAAAUGUAGAUUUUAAUGCACAGUCAAAUGCUGAUGGAAUACGUGAAUAAAUGUUACCAAAAUUA